GGAGUGAGGACAGAGCAACAGGAACACUGUUUGGAGCGAGGACGAAACUCACCUGUUGUACAGCAGUGCGUUGCUUUCUUAUUCAGCUCGCCUUUAUUGCUAUUUAUUUUUAGCUUUUAUUUUUGUUUUGUUUCGUUUGUAACCUUGACCUCAGAAUGACGGACACACUUUUACCGAACGGCAUUGAAGACAGCGGAGGAGACGGAAAACAUUUCAGAAAGGGCUGCAACCCGCUCGCGCAGACCGGACGGAGCAAACUGCAGAAGCAGCGAGCCAGUCUCAACCAGCAGAUCAUCAAACAGAUGAGGAUGAGGGCCGGAGCUGAGAAUCUGCUGAAGGCCACAAACAACAACAAGGUUAAAGAGAUGGUUGUUCUGGAGCUAAGCUACGUCAACUCCAACCUGCAGCUGCUGAUGGGACAGCUGGAGGGACUCAACAGCUCAGUGGACGUCUAUCAGAGCGCAGAGGAGACUACCAACAUUCCCCUGAUUGCUCUGGGUCUGAAGGAGACGAAGGAAGUCGACUUCUCUGCACCAUUCAAGGACUUCCUUCUGGAGCACUAUAAUGAAGACGGAAGGACUUUCGAAGACGAGAUCGCCGACCUGAUGGACCUCCGACAGGCCUGCAGAACACCAAGCCGAAACGAAACUGGGGUGGAGCUGCUCGCAAAAUACUACAGUCACCUUCCUCUGAUAGAGAACCGCUUCUUCUCCCCAACACGCCCAACAGGCAUCUUCUUCACCUGGUACGACUCCUUCACAGGCGUUCCCGUCUGCCAGCAGAACCUGUCUCUAGAGAAGGCCAGCGUGGUCUUCAACAUGGCCGCUCUGUACUCCCAGAUCGGCACCAGAAGUGACCGGCAGACAAUAGCGGGCUUGCAGGAGGCCAUCUCGUCUUUUCAAAGAGCCGCAGGCAUGCUGAGUCAUCUCAAGGCAACCUUCACCCACACCCCGAGCUAUGACAUGAGUCCGGCCAUGGUCAGCAUGCUGAUCCAGCUGAUGAUUGCCCAGGCGCAGGAGUGCCUCUUUGAGAAGAAUGCUCUGCCGGGGGUACUGAACCAGUUCACCUCCCUGAUUAAAAUGGCCCAGGAGGCUGCCAAGGUCUCGGAAAUCUACGAUCAGGUCCAUCAGUUCAUGGUCCAGACGCCAAUAAAAGACAACGUGCCGCUCUUCUGGUCCACCAUGUCACAGGUCAAAACCAACCACUACCAAGCCAUGGCGCACCACUUCCUAGCGUCAGCAUUGCUGGAUCAUGAGUUGGGUCCCAACGACGACGAGGACCAGCAGGAGAAGACCUUAUCUCAGGUGUACGAUCAGCUCCCCGAGGGAUUCUCCUCACUCGGCAUCCUGAAGAACAAAGACGAACGUGAACGGAUUGGUAAAGCUCACAUUCGCCGUGCCAUCUCGGGUCAUGAAGAGGCUCUGAGGAACUACAGCCUUUGCCAGCACCUGGAGAAGCUGGAGGCUCUGCAGGAAAUUCUGAAAGCCAGCCACCGGCGCUCGCUCGACAAGUACAGCGACUACGACAAUGAGGAAGAGUUCGUUGACUAUGUUGAAGCUCCAGACAUCAUCUCUAAAACGGAGCACAAAGCAGAAAUGGAGCUUCCUGCUGCCACAAAGGGCCCUCUGUCGGUCUUCUCGGCCAAGCAGAAAUGGACGGCCCCGAGGAAAAUCCGAGUUUGUGCAGAGGACAGAGACCUGGGUUUCACACUGAAAGGAGAGGCACCAGUUCAGGUGGUCUCACUGGACCCUCUGUGCCGCGCCGCCAGCAAUGGACUGAAGGAGGGCGACUACAUUGUUGCCGUGGGUGACAACGACACCAAAUGGAUGGCCGUCAGUGACAUGAUUCGACUUCUGAAAGACGUGGAUGAGGAGGGGAUUGAAAUCCAGGUGGUCAGUGUGAUCGACAACAGCCCUCCCAUGCCUACCAAGAGCGCCACCUUCAGCGGAAACCUGCCCAAGACCUACUCCAUGAUUUGCCUGGCCCACAACGACGAAGACAAGCCCUCAAAGAACCGCAAGGUCAUGAAGAAGUCGUCGUUCCUCAGCUGGGGCCUGAAGAACAAGAUGAAGAGCGCCAGCACCUUGAGCCUGCCCACGGACGACCACUCGGGGGCGCUCUCCUGGAACAAACCCAUCCCCACGUUCCCCACCUCCAGCGCUUACAACAACAACAACUUCCACUGAGCCAGCCGCCGGAGGUGCUCUGCUGUACCCGCGUCGGGCGCGCUUUCGUACGGAGUAGUUGUCACUCAUUUUGGUGAUUCAGCACAAAAACAACAAACGUGCCAAAAACAGCACGCAGACUGCCCGUCUUCAGAGGGUCAGAGAUAAUGGGAAACCAUUUUAUUCUGUGCCAGCGCGUGUACAGCACAGUAUGACUCCAGUUACCAUUCAUCUUAAGACAUGCACACAAAAAAAAAACUCUAAAAUUUGUGAGCGCGCUCAUGCCAGCAUCUGCUGCUUUUGCAAGGCAGUGAUUAGAAUGUGGUCUCAGAAGUCCACAGCAUUCCUGCAUACAUGAAGGACAAUGUUACAAAGAAAACGUCACACAGCUGAUCAGUGAGGGAAAACUAAAAGUGCUGUGAAGUUGUUUUUUUUAAGCCUUGGGAGAUUUUUUUAAAAUUGUAUUUAUUUUAUGUUUUUAGAAUGCAAUGUCUGAUAAGCUGCUAAAUCAUACCUUUAGUUUUGUGUUACUGUCUUCUUUCCCUUUUUUUUUAUAUAUAUAUAUAUAUUUUGUGAGGCAGCCUUUAAAGAUGGUGUUUGAACUUCGUGCCAUGUCUGGGACGCUGUGUAAAUAAAGAGACUUUGGUAUUUUAUCUCCCCACAUGCCUCCACGCCCGCAACAAAUCAUUUACCGAUCUUAUAUUUUCGUAGGAAGCCGGAGCCGUGCGUCUUCAUUAAUGUGAAUCUGUUCAUAGUCAAAUCUAUGUUAAUAGAAGGGACGCAAAGAGUGUGCAUCGCUCUUUGCGACGCACACUCUGACAAACGAGAGUGGCUUGGAUCAAGGCCCGCAGCCACGCGCCUUAACGUUAACGCUAGCAACUCACAUUUUUUACUGACACUCCUCAGUGUUGGACUGUAUCUCUUUAUCUACAAAGUAGAUUCUUAUAUUCGUUUGAUAAUCAAAUUAUUUAUGUUGUUCAAAACCACAAAAAUAAAUAUAUAUAUUUACCUCUUAAGUUUAGUUCAAGUUCUAAAUUGUUACUUGGUGGAUUUCUGUCUUUUGGAGGAAUGUAUUUUAUUAGCCUUGGAAAAAUUGUCUACUUCUACCUUCUUUUUUGUUUUGCUUUUCUAAUGUAUAUUUGUAAAUGUUUUCGUAAACCUAUGUAAUUUUCGGUACUGUCUGUGUUUACCUAACACUGUUUUAAGGUGCCAUGUAUGUUAAACGAUGAAGUAAUUUGCAUGGAUGUUAGCUUUUUUUGUGUGUGCGUUAACGCCGCAGUGCCUAGUGAUGAGUGCCUUAGUGUGUAUGCAGAGGGUUCGGUCUCCUUUUGUUGUAAUGCUUUCUGGUCGCUCCAUGUUGUGCACUUUGUGCUACAUUGUUAUGUCUUUGUCAUGUGUGUUCACUCGAAUAAAACAGAAUAAACAAAA